AUGGGCAAAUCAGCCUCCAGGCUGUUUUGUGAGGAGGUGUUGAAGACUCACAAUGAGUACAGGAAGAAGCACCAGGCCCCACCAUUAAAGCUCAGCAAGAACCUAAGCAGAGAUGCAGAGAGAUAUGCAGAGAGUCUGGCCAGCACCAGGAUUCUAAAGCACAGUGUUGAGUCUAGUAGAGGAAGCUGUGGAGAAAACCUAGCCUGGGCGUCUUACGAUCAAUCAGGUAAGGAUGUGUCUGACCGCUGGUACAAUGAGGUGAAUCAGUACAACUUUAACCAUCCUGGAUUCUCCUCUGGCACCGGUCACUUCACCGCGAUGGUGUGGAAGAGCUCGAAGAAGCUGGGCGUGGGUAAAGCAGUGGCGUCUGAUGGUUCUACCUUUGUGGUGGCUCGCUACUUUCCUGCCGGCAACAUCACCAAUCAGGGCCACUUCCAGGCCAAUGUCCUACCCCCAAAGAGCUGACCCCAGAAAAGCCAUGGAGCCAGAACGCAGAAGACACAGACAUGAGGAGAUAGACGAAGGUCUAAGAACAGCUAACAGAGGUCCUGGAGGGCCAAGCAUUAUCACACUGACAGUGCUAUGCAGCAUUUGAAUGGCCUUAACCUGUUAAACUUACUUGAAUACUAAGUUUAGCCCGUGUUCACAAACAUCAGCUCAUGUAGAUCUGCUGACCCUCAGUUAAUGUCUGCUGGAGGUUUCAAUCAUCUUAAACAUCUUUAUUAUUCUAUUAUUCUAUACUCGCUGUUCCCGAUCUUUGUGAACAUGGGGAGAAUUGUAUCUUCAGAACAUUUUAAGAACUUGAACAUGGACUGAGCUCAUGUCAUGUGGGAUGCAGUAUCUUUUAAUGGAGACGUGCCUUUACAUUUUUGUAUUCAGACAAAGUCACACGUAGUCCACAUAGUGCUUUAGGAAUUAUUGCUGAUGUUUGUUGCAAGCCAGAGGGAAACUCCUUCAUCUUCAUGCGGUACAGUGAGAAAGUCAGGAAUCGCUUUUAUUUAUUUAAUUUCCAGUCUGGAAGUACAGCCAUAAAGUACAGGCCAUCAGGUACAAAUGACAUUUUACAUCUGGGGGAAAAAAACAAAAACAUAUUUCAUGAAAAUUAACCUCAAAAACUAAAUAUAAUCUCUGUUUUCAGUAUUUAAUAUGACCACACUGCCUUUUUUACAGCUCUCAUUCUUUUUGGGAGGGCUGCUUUCAGUAUUUCACAAAAAUCUGCAGAGACAUUUUCUGAAAAGUUCAGUCUUAGAAGUUGGUUGCAUUUACGGCUUCUCCAGAUCAAAGAGGCCCAAUUUUCUCUAUAUCUUUUAAUAAUUUUUGAACCACUAGUUUUGUAAACUCUAGCUUGCACUUAAUGGUCAUUUUGACUGGAAAUUAAAUAAACAAAUGGUGCACAGUAUUGUACACGUCCUUAUUUCAGCAGGGAAGUUUUAGAAAAAUUUCAUUCUUCACUGUGUUUUUGGUAUCGAUGACCUACAGAACUAAGCCUAUGUUCACAUUACAAGCCUCAUUGCUCAAAUCUGAUUUUUUGCUCAAAUCCGAUCUCUCUAAAAUGAUGGUUCACACUCGUUUAGGUA